AUGUUUCCGAAUCAAAUUCUAAUAACAGGGUUUGAAACAACCUCGGGGAACGACUCGGAUUCAUCAUGUGGAUCAAGUACCAUUACGGACGAUUCGUGUACAAUAACUGGAGACACGAGUCAAGACGAAUGCGGGGUAUUUGAAGAUUGGCCUAUUUUGAUACAAGAAUUAUCCCCUAGUACGGAUGAAAACACAUCAGAAAAUGUCAAGAAAAAACGACGGAAGCUCGUGAACCAUUUAGUUGCAUGUCGUGUUUGUGGUGGACCAGAAUUAAUUUGUAACUUUAUCUGUGUUUGUGUCGCGUGCAAUGAAGGCUAUCACCAAAAAUGCCAUGAUCCCCAAAUAAGUCAGUUCAAAAUCGGUGAAAAAUGGCGUUGCAUAGAUUGUCAAAAUGCACUUCGAAACAAACCAUCGUUGAUAUUUAAGAAAUCUAUUAACAGGGUAGAUACAAUGUCGGCUACCCACAUAAUUAAAGGAAAUGGGAGUAUCGAAACAUCUUUCGUUGAGCAACCAACAAUAGAAGAGACUGUUGCUACAAGCAUGUCAUCUAAAAUCAACGGAAAACAUCUUUACGAUAUUAAUUCUAAUAAUGACGAUGAUUCUAUCAAGAAGCAAAAAACCGAUUUUUACCAAAGAACUGCUAAUAAAUGCUUAAAUGGAUAUAAUCAUAACGUAAAAAAAGAUCGAAAAGAGAUUGAUGGCAAAGGAAUUGAUAAAGAUACAUCACCAUAUUCUCGCGCAAAAACAAACACUUCUCAAAAAAAAAGGAAUAGAUCUCUACUCCCAUUGAUUCUACCUCCAUCUGAAAAGAGACAUUCAACUACAACGGAACUCCGUAGAUUAUUUGACAACUGUCCGAUGUCAAUUGUGAAUUUUGAUGAAGUAUUUAAUCCCGAGGAAUGGGGUAAAUGCAAAAACGUAUCCAUCCCGGGCAUGCGUCACGUUACAUCUAAACGCUCUAAUUCACUUGGAAAAAGAGCUGUUACAUCUAUUAGCAAACCAUUGGAUACGAACGACGUUUCUAAUGACGAGCCUGAUUCGAAUCAAGACUUAAUGUCAUCUAAUGAAUUGUUCACCCCACCAGGCAGGAGAACCUUAUCAAGUGCCAAAGCAGUCACUAAAAGUUUCGAAGCUUUAACUCCAAAAAAUAUUAUAUCUUCUAGUAAAUCUGCUGGAAUUACUGAGAAUGAUGCAAAUUUUAAUAUUACAUCGUUAUUGCCUUUGAAUCUUAUUCCUUGCUUGAAUUUUGAUGCAUUAGCGUUUAGAGAGGGUACUAUAGAUAUCAAACGAGGUCAGGUGAAGCGUGGAAGGGUGUAUCCUGUAUUAAGAUGA